UAGGCUGUAUCAGCAGUGCUUCAUUUGCAGCACUGACAGAAGACUGGGUAUUGUUUUCACCAGAACCAGAACAACCAUUGCAGUGACUACAGACAUAAGAUGUAUAUCUUUUUGCUCCUUCUACUUGGAUUUGGGACAGGAGAAUGCAGCUCUACAGCAUCAUGUACAAAUAAUUAUGAUUGCCCAAAGGACUACCAAGAAGUCUUCUCAAAGGAAACCAUCAUUGACAUCCCUAAAUCCAUAAAGCAAAAAACCACUGAGAUCUUCAUGGUGCAAACAGGUAUUUCAUCCAUCCAAAAAGAUGCAUUCAAAUACAUGACUAAUCUGCAAAAGAUAUUCUUUAUUAAUAAUAAAAUUUCAUUCAUUGAAGUUGGUGCUUUUGAUCAUUUGCAAAAUCUCACUGAACUUGAGAUAUCUGGCAACACGGAAUUAAAGGAGCUAACAACUGGAAUCUUCUCAAAUCUUGGUAACCUGAAGAAGCUUGUUCUUAAAAAUAAUAAUAUAAGUACUGUGGAGGCAGGCAUCUUCGACAGUCUACAGAACUUAGAAGAACUUUACUUAAACUACAAUCAGUUGACUUCUCUUCCUCCAGAUCUUUUCAACUCACUUGCAAAUCUCACAACGUUGCAUCUAGCAAAAAAUAAAUUGCCCAUUUUAGCUGAGGACAUAUUUAGUAAAUUGACCAAAUUAAAAGUCCUCCGCAUCUAUGACAAUGAGCUCAGUGAGCUGCCUCAAGGUUUGGUGGACAGCAAUUCGGAACUGACUGAAUUCAGCUUCUCGCAGAACAAGAUAAAGGUGUGGCCCAAAAACUUUCUGUCUAAAUCGAAAAACCUUGAAAAAUUGUUCUUUGAAACAAAUCUGAUCGAAGAUCUUCCAGAUAAAAUGCUCUUUGGUCUAAAUAAUAUUACACAGCUCAAACUCAAAGGAAAUAGACUCCACAAGUUUCCAGACCAAAUAACUGAUGGUGCUUUGAUUAAAGAACUUGAUUUAAGCAAUAAUAAUUUAAGAAAUAUCCCUGCAGGCGCAUUUAAUAAUUUCAAUUCUUUAUCAAAGUUGAUUAUUUCUUCAAAUCAAAUCGAUAAUGUGACAAAAGAAACAUUUUCUGGCCUUGAUAAACUAACAGAGCUUAAUUUAGAAAAUAACUUCCUUAGUAGCCUGCCGGAUGAUGUGUUCUCAUACCUUGUAAAAUUAAAAAAAUUAAAGACACUUAAACUCACAAAAAACAAAUUCACCAACUUCCCUGUUGAUUUGAUUAAAUUAAUUCCUAAAGUAUAUUUAAAAGAUAAUCCUUGGAACUGUGAUUGCAAUUUGAAAGAUCUUUACAACUGGAUAACCAAUAAUAAAAAUGUUCAAGAUUGGAAUAAACUAUUGUGUGAAAUACCGACUCAUUAUAGUGGAAAGACCAUCACCUCAUUAAAAAUAGAUGAAUUCAUUUGUUUAACAACUCCAAUGAUUGCAACACAAACCACAAAGUUACCAACAACCACUGCAGCAGUCAUCACAACACAUCCAACUACCAAGCAACCCACACCUCAACAGGUUACUACACAACUUUUCACAACUCUAAAAACAACAGUUGCUCUCACAACCAUUCUGCUACCUACAACUCAAGAAACUACAAAUCAACCAAUUACAACUAUUAUCCCAACCAUCAAAAUCACAGCAAUGAAGCAAACUACUCCAGAUUUAACAACUUUGAAGGUUUCAACACUCCAAGAAACAACUUUACAAACAACUACCAUGACAACCACAGAAACAACAAACUCACAGCCUACAACUGCAAAAACAACACUCCAAGAAACAACUUUACAAACAACAACUACCAUGACAACCACAGAAACAACAAACUCACAGCCUACAACUGCAAAAACAACAAUGCCACAAGAAACUACUUUACAACCAACAACUCGAGUUCACACUAGUACUACAGAACCUACAACGCUCCAAAUUAUAACUACAGCCACAGAAACAACAAGUGCUGCUCACACAACAGUUAGCUUGACUACACCUCACGAAACAACGCGUGAAGAAGAGUCCACAGCAACGUCAAUGAUAUCUGUACAUACUAGUGAGAGCACAACACUGGCUGUCAGUACAAUUAUGCUGACGUCCACCCCACAUGUUCCUACAACUACAAUCACAAGCCCUACCGCUCCAUGGAAGCGGACUACUUUAUUUACUACCUUGGAGGCAACAACAGAGAUGUCCUCUGCUAAACUGACAUCUACAUAUACUUCAGCAAAUAAGGAAACCAGCCAGUUACCCAUGACUACAACAGAGCUAACUACCAGAGAGACCUCUACACCACAAGCAACUAAUUCAGCUGAAACAACAGUGUUUGUGAUGAAAUUAAAUGCACUGAGUACAGUCUCCUUAGCACCAACCACUCUGGUGAUGAAUGUGACAUUCCUUCCAUCAAUGACAUUGCAAUUUAGAGCCAGUGAUUUUUUUCUUGGAUUACACCACUGCCAAUUUUUAUUUGUCUCCUAUGUAACACUAUUGUGCAUUGAAAUCUGUUCUACAAUCUUUCUAAUAACAUUUUCUUACACACUACACAAAUCUAUACGCAGUGUAAAGGUACCAGUACGUCCUGUAAGGCUGGUAUACAUGUAUAAGAAAAAAGAUAGGUCUUAAGUGUACUCACACUUUACCCAACUACAAUCUCAGUGUCUAAACCUCAGGACAAUGCAGGAUCAGUCAAAGAAAAGAUAAUAAGACAGGGUAUAUAUAUAUAUAUAUAUAUAUAGAUAGAUAGAUAGAUAGAUAGAUAGAUAGAUAGAUAGAUAGAUAGAUAGAUAGAUAUAGGUUAGGCUUAUAAUACCAUUAUAUAAUAUUGUGUUACUAUUAUCACUGAAAAUAAAUGCUGUUGAUAAUGUACACAGUAUUCUAUUGUAAGGCAUAACAGUCACCUGUGUAGAACUAUGACUAAUGGCAAAGCUUUGAUUAAAGUCUUUAUCACAUAGUAACAGGCAGGGCUGUUUCUUGACAAUAUAGCUCCCUGUGCGAACAGUAAAAUUGCGCCCACCCCUGAAUAUUUCAUGUACAUCCCGAGAAACAUAUGUGCGUGCCUUGUAGCGCUGCCUGCUUGCCACAUGUAUUGAUAUGAGCGGCACAGUGCACAGUACAUAUUUUAAUACAUAAUAAAGUGUCAUAAGUGUCAUUAAUGA